AAUAAAAGGCAAAAUAAAGCACUUCAUGUGGAAGUGUUACUCUGGCAUACUUCCUGUUAGCUGCAAUUUGAAAAGCAAAGGCAUUCAGUUAGAUGAAAUUUGCAAGACCUGUGGUGAAGCUCCAGAAACAAUUGAACAUCUCUUCUUUCAUUGUUCUAAAUCUAUGCAAAUUUGGACCUUGGCACCUGUCACUUGGGAAGGGUUACAGGAAGAUACUCAAAACUUCAGAGGAUGGUGGAACAAAUUGUGUACUAUGAAGGCUAGCAGAAUGUCUGAUUCUAGAAUUGAAAUGACAGCUCAUAUCCUUUGGUGGAUUUGGAAGGAUAGGAACUGGUGGGUAUUCCAACAAUUGAAGAGAUCAGCAAAGGAAGUGGUUUUGUUAAUAACACUAUUAAAUUUUAUUCUUCAUCUUUCUUAUCUUAAUUACUCUGAUUCAAUUUUUCUUUCUUUGAUUCUGCGUUUCUCACUUCACAACACACACACACACACUUCCCGUCCGAUUGUGCGGUGUCGUGCAACCAUGGAUGCGGCCAAAUCGCCACCGUCGUACUCGCUCAGGUCGAAGAAAGAGCCGUAUUUACCCACCCUGCAGUCGGAUCUGAAGUCGCGGAGGGCUUCCAAGGCCGACCCGAAUCCAUUGGGGGUGAAAACAUCCGGGAAGCCGACGGAUCCCUCGAGGCGGCUGCGCAAUCGUUGCACGGUAUCAAAGAAAUCGAGGAGGCGGACAUGGAGCUUCGGGUACGCAGAUCCGAUCCAUCUGAAGAGAUUGGGCAUGUGGUUGAAUCUAAUGAUCCGUAAAAGCUAUUUCAAUAUAUUAAAUACAAAUAAAUUGAAAUCGAGAAAAACUACCUGGAUUGGAAUCUUUGUGAAAGGAUCAAGAUUCCCUGUUGCUAUACCUUUCGCCACAAGCUGGGACAAUGAUGUGGUGCUUGUUAAGGUAUCACCAAGAAAGCACAAUGUACUUGCCAUGUUUUUUGUUGAGAUUACUUCUGCAAUAUUUGUCUGUUUGUUCUACAGGCAGUGCUUACCGGGUUCCCUUUCUCCGAAAAAGGCCGCGGGCAAAAUCGUACUUUGUUUCUCGGGAAAUGGAAGCCGAGCAGGCAAAGGCGCGGAGGUGAAGAGAGCCAGAGGAGCAGGCCUCAUCUUAGCAGAUAGUGAAACGUAUGGUAGUUUGUUUCUAGCCGAGGCACACCUUCUUCCCGCCACUAGCGUCACUUAUAAAGACGCUCUCAAAAUCUACGAAUACAUUCAAUCCACAAAGAAUCCAACGGCAAGGAUCGUGCCAGCUAAGACGAGAAUUCCCGCCAAACCAGCUCCUUUCAUGACUGCUUUCACCAGUAGAGGUCCCAACCCAAUUUUCCCCUAUAUUCUAAAGCCAGAUAUCACGGCUCCAGGGCUUAACAUAUUGGCAGCAUGGAGUGAAGUUUCCGGCCCUACAUAUUUUGUCGACGAUCAUCGUUUCGUAAAGUACAAUAUUUUGUCGGGCACAUCAAUGUCCACACCACACGUGGCGGGUGCAUUGGCUCUUCUCAAGGCCAUUCACCCCGACUGGAGUAGCGCCGCCUUACGAUCCGCCCUCAUGACCACCGCCGACUUGAUCGACAAUGAGGGCAAUCCAAUUACCGAUGCAUAUGGCAAACCUGCCGACCCGUUCCAAUACGGGUCGGGCCACUUCAACCCGACAAAAGCAGCAGACCCGGGACUCAUCUACAACGCUUCAUACACGGACUAUCUUCUCUUCCUAUGCAGCAUUGGAGUUCACAAUCUUAGUUUUACUAAAUGCCCGAAAAACCCGCCCCAUCCUUUUAAUCUCAACUACCCGUCUCUGGCUAUACCCAAUUUGAACGGCACGGUUACCGUAGUUAGGACCGUCACCAAUGUGGGGUGCCGUGGGCCGGGAGUCUACAUCGCCAGCAUCCAACCUCCACCAGGAAUCUUUGUGAAAAUACGGCCUUCUAUACUCAACUUUAGUCGAGCCGGUGAGAAAAAAAGUUUCACCAUCACGAUAAAAACCGAGGGUGGAUUUACGGGCACGAUCGAGAAAGGAGAGUAUUCGUUCGGAUGGUACAAGUGGUCGGGCGAUAUUCAUGUUGUCCAAAGCCCUAUGGCUGUUUCAAUACUGUAG